UGCAGCCUGGUGACGCAUGUGUAGCGUAAUUUUUGGUAAAUUUUACAUUGUCCUGGUAGUAAAAGCUGUAAAUUGCCGAUAUUGUGGAAAAGUAAUAUCCGAGCCGAUGCAUGAAAUGUACGAUUCCUUCAAAACACUGUGAGCACAACGAAACUAUUCCUCCAAUUUGCAGAUUCAAAUACAGUUUUAUCAAUAACGGCUGAAGUAAUUCAUCAUACCAUAACAAAUAUAAGACAUGUCUGCCACACACAAGCAACGAUACAAAAAUGCCGCAUUGGACUCGACUGAAAUGCGUCGACGCCGCGAAGAAGUUGGGAUACAGCUGCGGAAAAAUAAGCGGGAACAACAAUUAUUCAAGAGACGCAAUGUUGUCCUGGAUCCGCCAGUUGGAUCUGCUGGCAUGGAAAGUAGCAGCAGCAGUGAGCUACAGCUUUUGCAGUCUAACGAUAUGUACAUGUCCGAUGGUAGUCAAGCAAUGCCGCAGCAGUACACUGAGCAGUUCGGGGAUUUGCCACCGACUUCAGUGGCAUCGACCUCUCCGCCACCGCCUAUCAUUAACGCCGAAAUGAUUCAGAUGUUGUACAGCGAUAACCAAAAUGAACAGGUCGAGGCAACUCAAAGAUUUCGGAAACUGCUCUCACGCGAUCCGAAUCCGCCUAUCGAGGAGGUCAUACAGAAAGGCAUUGUUCCGCGUUUCGUGACGUUUUUGCGCAACAAUGAGAACGCGACGCUACAAUUUGAGGCAGCAUGGACGCUAACUAACAUUGCGUCGGGUACAUCGCAGCAAACAAAGAUAGUGAUUGAAGCUGGUGCCGUGCCCAUAUUCAUAGAACUUCUCUCAAGCCCACAUGAUGAUGUACAAGAGCAGGCAGUAUGGGCGCUGGGUAACAUAGCUGGUGAUUCAGCCACAUGUCGUGAUCAUUUACUGGGCUCAAACAUUUUGACGCCCCUUUUGCACGUGCUCAGCACCUCGGACCGCAUUACCAUGAUACGCAAUGCAGUGUGGACACUUUCGAAUCUGUGCCGUGGUAAAAAUCCUCCUGCAGACUUUUCAAAAAUCGUGCAUGGCCUGCCAAUACUUGCGCGCCUGCUUAGUCAUACCGAUGUAGAUGUUCUGACCGAUACAUGCUGGGCCAUUAGCUAUCUGUCGGACGGGCCCAACAAUAAAAUACAAGCGGUCAUUAAAGCUGGCGUGUGUCGUCGCCUUGUGGAGCUUUUGAUGCAUCCACAACAAAAUGUAACAACGGCUGCGUUAAGAGCUGUGGGUAAUAUUGUAACAGGCGAUGAUCAGCAAACUCAAGUGGUAUUAAAUUGCAACGCAUUACCAUGCAUCAGCCAUUUGUUAAGCUCGCCGGUGGAGGCCAUAAAAAAAGAAUCCUGCUGGACUAUAUCGAAUAUUGCGGCUGGCAAUCGUGAGCAAAUACAGGAGCUAAUCAAUGCUAACAUCUUCCCCCUGUUGAUGUCCAUUAUGCAGACAGCAGAUUUUAAGACGCGAAAAGAGGCUGCAUGGGCCAUUACAAAUGCUACUAGUAGCGGAACGUCCGAACAGAUCCACUAUUUAGUUCAAGUUGGAUGUGUGCCACCCAUGUGCGAUUUUCUUACAGUGGUUGACUCAGAUGUUGUGCAAGUGGCAUUAAAUGCACUCGAGAACAUUUUAAAAGCCGGCGAGAAAUUUCAAACUCGACCCAAUCCUUAUGCUAUUGCCAUUGAGGAAUGUGGUGGACUGGAUAAAAUCGAAUAUUUACAAGCUCAUGAAAAUCGCGAUAUCUAUCACAAAUCGUUCUACAUUAUUGAGCAGUACUUUGGCAAUGAAGAGGAGGAUCCACGUUUAGCGCCGGAUGCAGAUGCUCAUGAAUAUAAAUUCAGUAUGCCGGAGAACUUUGAUUUCUAGCGGCAAUCACAUGUCCAAGACCUAAAAAAAAAUCGGUAUGACAAUUAUGACAAGAACCACAGCAACAAUUAUGAUACCUACUAUGAGCAAAUUCUAAACGAAACCUAACAGACACAUGCGCCAAUACUAUACGUACUGGUAUGUGUGCUUCCUAUGGAUAGAUUUGACGGACAACAAAGCAAGUGCAGUCAUUAGUGUUUAAGUUAGACAGGCAGCAAACAAAAAAGCGCAUAAAUUGUUGUUUGUUUUGUUUUUAUUUUUACGCAUUAUUAUUAAUAUUUAACAUUUUUCCCAAACAAAAGUCGUCUCUGAUCGUUAUUCAAAUGAUUCUGGAUUUAGUUAAUUCGUGCAUUUCAAGGAAUACUCGUUUGAAUAACCUGGUUUCGAUUCCAGUUAGCUUGCUUGUAAAUAUACAUACAUAUGUUUAUGUAAAUGCAUACAUUCAUGCGUACAUUAAAACAUAUAUCAUAUUACUAUUUAUAAAUGUAUGCAAACAAAAUCGUUUUAUCCCUAGCCACUUCUGUUAACAUGUAUACCUUUGAAUAUUCCUUAUGAUGUAAAUAUACUUUCAUUUAAUCAGUAUAUGGGCCUGUUUUUGGUGUUGUUAUAAUGUACGUAUUCUUAAAUAAUUACAGAACUCAAAUUUUUUGAUUUUGUUACAUUGAAAUUGUAAUACUUUUAGCAU